AUGCAAAUAGUUAUCAAUCGCGGUAAAGCUUUAGAUCCUGUAGCCAAACCCUAUUAUGGCUAUAAUUAUAAAUCAUUGGAACACCAGAUAUAUAAUGAAGAUAUCACAUCAAAUAGUUCUGGUGGACAGAAUGGUAGUAAUUUUGCAUCUUCAGAGAGUGAAUCAGAAGCUGAAAGAAACAGGCUCCUAGCUGAAGCAACUAAGGCAGCUGAAAAGUUGAUGAGUGCUCAGUUUGGUAAGUUGAAUCUUGAAUCGCAGCUUAGGACAGCAGAGACUAGAUAUCCAACAAGGAUUCACUCACCAAGAUAUUACAAUGAGAAAAAAGAGAUAAUUAAUCGGGCAAAUAAACUCUUACAAAAUAAGGGUGGGUUUUUGUCAUCUUUUAUUCUGAAUGGAUCAAGCUGGUUUAAAUGUGCUGAUUUGCUUUUGUCCAAUUGUAAUGACUAUAAUGAAGCUGGGAUUACACAAGACUCUUCUAAUAUGACAUUUCCUUUAGGUGAUAACCCUAGUCAGGUAUUUGUUGGGGUUAAAAGUAAAGAAACAUCAGAUAAUAAAAAUGAAACAGAUCUAUCUGUAUCUGAUAUAGACAGUAAUACAAAUAAUUUAAAUAUUGACGAUCAAAGUUAUGUUAAAAAUUCAAACUAUAACACCAAACAGAAAUGUAGCAAUAAUACUGAAACUAAAAAUGGAAAUGUGAUGAAAGUAGAAGGAACUAUAAAUGAAACAUCUGAUAUUUGUUACUUUGAAAAUGGUUCAGCUUUCUUCACUUAUUUGGACAGCAUAGGAGAUGGUAAGAAGCAUUUAAAUAAUGUGAAGUUGUCUAAAGAAAUACUUGAUAUAUGCAAGUCAAAUAGUAGUAAUAUAAAGAAACAAUCAAAUAUCAAAAAUACAACUAAAGAUAAUAUAAAGGAUAAUACUAAUUAUAUAUGUGAUUCUUCAAUAAGGAUUGAUUCAGGUCAAUAUUUGGAAUUAUUAGGAAUAGAUACUUUGAAACUUGGGUCUUUCGGAAUAUCAAAUACAGAUAAAAAUAUGAAGGAUAAAGAGAGUUCAGCUUUUAUUAAACAGCCUGUAAAAUCAGAAGCCUUUCCAAAAACCAAAGUUAAAAAUCUACCUAAGAAUAAAAUGUCUGAUGAUCAUAAAGAUAAUAUUUUGUCGAAUAAUAAUAACAAGAAUACUGAAUCUCACCUGAAAAUACGCAAAUCUAAUAAAUCAAAUAUAUGCAAACAGAAAGAUAACUUAGUAGAGAAUACAGUAGUGACAGUAUCAAAUUCUAGACAACAUCUUGAGACUAGAAAGGAUAAGGGAAAAAUAUGCAAGAAUCAAAUUAAAACUUGCAAGAAUUUAAAGGAGUGCAAAACACACGAAAGUUUGGAAUCCUUAAGCUACUCUUCAAAUAUUAUAAAUGUAACUUCCAAUUGUAUAUUUACUGAUAUAUUUUAG